AUGACACGAGUGGAUGGAGGAGGCUGUGGUGGUGGACAGGUGAGCAUGGCAAACCCCGUGGGUGUUUGUUUGCGUGAUUUUUCGGAGAAGUGUGCGCGCGUGUGCGAAGCCUGUCUAGCUCAGUUGGUAGAGCGCAAGACUCUUAAUCUUGUGGUCGUGGGUUCGAGCCCCACGUGUGCAUGCGUGUGCGAAGCCUGUCUAACUCAGUUGGUAGAGCGCAAGACUCUUAAUCUUGUGGUCAUGGGUGGACAAGAUGAUCGAUCCGCCAUGACACGAGUGGAUGAAGGAGGCUGUGGUGGUGGACAGGUGAGCAUGGCAAGCCCCGUGGGUGUUUGUUUGCGUGAUUUUUCGGAGAAGUGUGCGCGCGUGUGCGAAGCCUGUCUAGCUCAGUUGGUAGAGCGCAAGACUCUUAAUCUUGUGGUCAUGGGUGGACAAGAUGAUCGAUCCGCCAUGACACGAGUGGAUGAAGGAGGCUGUGGUGGUGGACAGAAGUGUGCGCGCGUGUGCGAAGCCUGUCUAGCUCAGUUGGUAGAGCGCAAGACUCUUAAUCUUGUGGUCAUGGGUGGGUUCGAGCCCCACGCCUGUCUAGCUCAGUUGGUAGAGCGCAAGACUCUAAAUCUUGUGGUCGUGGGUUCGAGCCCCACGGUGGGCGACUACCAAUGA